UGCAUUCUGAUGAUGGUGCAUUAUAGACUUUUUAGACCAGUGUUGUAGGUCUGAGUCUACCAUCUUCCUUGGGGUGAUUUCAGAUAACUGUGUGUUCAAAGAGGUUUUUCUGAUGGUGUUGAGACAAAAAAAACAUCAGAGGAUGUUGCUGCCUGGGGAGAAUGCCUGUUCUCCAGCGGAACAUGGUAGCAGGAGCGUCACCAGCAUGGAACCAGGCCCAGAGAUCCGACUGGCUAAUCUUCUCAUGACAGCAAAGCGCUCAGAGAUACAGCUGUGUCUUUACUCACCACACAAACAUACAAGCACUAACAGACAGACAGACACGGGUGUGAGGAUGGGUAGACUCUCCGGGCACUUCUAAAGUGUGCAUUGGUCAUGAACAGCUGGUGUCAGGUCCUGACUGGGGGCCUCUGGUCAUCUCUAUGCACCAGGGCCUGCCCGCAGAGGUGCCUCUAGGCAUCUCUGUGCUGAUGUUUUUGAUUGUCCCCAAUUAGAGGCAGCAUGCCCCUCGUUGCCUCUAAUUGGGGACCCUAUUUAAGUUACCCUGGUUUGCCUUCUGUUUUGUGGUUCAAUGUAUGCUGUUUUGAUUCAGUUCAUGUUUGCAUCUCUUCUUUAUUAUUUUGCAAUCAAUUGAUAGUAUAACUAAUAAAGAAAGUUUCCAUGUUCGCUCUGCUCCAUGCAUCCUGCAUUCCCUGAAAUGUGACAGCUGGACCAAAUGAGCAGAACAGGUUACUUCAAUUCACUGUCAUUGCCAGGACUUAACCGAGAUAACCGAAGAACAAAGCAGAACAUAUUGGGGGAGGGUGGGACGACGGCACCCGGACAGGCGGAGGCUCAGCACCCGGAGCGGCCGGAACAGGCAGAGGCGGCCGCGAGUCCCCGGGCGGUGGUGGCAACGGCCAGACCCGGGCAGCAGGGGGCGCUCGGCACCUUGGAGAUGGCACUGGCCGUACACAAGGAGUUGGCUGCUCCAGGCUGGCCGGGGGCUCUGCCACUGGUGGUGAGAACAGAGCAGCAUGCGAGGUCACCACAGGCGUUCCUUAUUAUAGGCCCCUGCAUGAUCGCCUGA